AUGGAGCAUCGGGGCCUGCUUCUCGUCCUCGUCGCGGCGGCGUGCCUCUCGGGCGGCGCCCACGCCAGGCACGCCAAGAAGUCGUACGGGGCCGUCUUCAGCUUCGGGGAUUCGCUCUCCGACGCCGGCAACCUCAUCGUCGACGGCAUCCCCAAGUCGCUCACCACCGCGCGUAGAGCUUAUUUUAUGAGCUUUGAGGCGCAUGGCAAGGACUUCAAGAAGGGGGCCAACUUCGCCAUCACGGGCGCCACGGCGCUGGAGUACUCUUUCUUCAAGGCCCACGGCAUCGACCAGCGCAUCUGGAACACCGGCUCCAUUAACACCCAGAUCGGCUGGCUCCAGAAGAUGAAGCCGUCGCUCUGCAAAUCGGAGAAAGAGUGCAGGGACUACUUCAGCAAGUCCCUGUUCGUGGUGGGAGAGUUCGGGGGGAACGACUACAACGCUCCUCUCUUCUCCGGCGUCGCCUUCUCCGAGGUGAAGACCUACGUGCCGCUGGUCGCCAAGGCCAUCGCCAACGGCGUCGAGAAAUUGAUCGAGCUUGGCGCGACGGACCUGUUGGUGCCUGGAAUUCUUCCGAUCGGGUGCUUCCCGUUGUACCUGACUCUCUACAACAGCAGCAAGAAGUCCGACUACAACGCGCGCACGGGGUGCCUCCGGAGAUACAACCGUCUGGCCUUCCACCACAACAGGGAGCUCAAGCAGCAGCUCGACGCGCUUCAGAAGAAGUACCCGAAGACCAAAAUCAUGUACGGCGACUACUUCAAAGCCGCAAUGCAGUUCGUCGUGAGCCCCGGAAAAUUCGGCUUCAGCACGGCAUUGCAGGCGUGCUGCGGCGCCGGAGGGACGGGCGCCUACAACUUCAACCUGAAGAAGAAGUGCGGCGAGGCGGGCGCGAGCGUGUGCUCCAACCCGUCGGCGUACGUGAGCUGGGACGGCAUCCACAUGACCGAGGCCGCCUACCGCAUGGUGGCCAACGGCUGGCUCAACGGCCCCUACGCCUCUCCCCCGAUCAUGAAGUGA